AAUAGAUUCGCCAUCUUCAAACUGGCUCACCUGCCAGUUGAUAAUGAAUGUGAAAAAAAACAAAACAAAAAAAGUGACAAACGGUGGUUAAUUUUGUAUGAGUAAGCUGAAAGAAAACCAACUAAAGCGCCGUGGCUGCUGGAGCAUUUGCUACAAAGAAGAUUUGGUCAUUUGUUUCCUGUUGUAGCUGGUAGCUUUGCAUCAAUGUGGACAGCAAGGCUAUCAGUUUAACACCAAGCAUUGUAGCAACGCCAAGCUGUGACGCAAUGUUUUCAUUUCAACUUCUCUAACCAUCACCCUUCAUUCAUUUCCUGAUAUUUAUAACAUCCACACUGGGAAGCACAGAUUUGAAAUCUUUCACGGUAGAAACACUUGUUUCUAAAACAUAAAAAAAUAUGCUUUCUUCUUCAAAUUACUCUUCUUCUGAAGGACCUUCAAACUUGGAUGAUUCUAGUUCUUGCACAAUGAAUUCAUCAUGUUUUACAGAUGAAAGUACAAGUAUAAAUGAUAAUAGAGUCGAUAUCGGCAAGAAACAAGACAACCAUGACAAAGCUGGGCCAGAGCAACCCUCUCCUUACCCCGAUAGCCCAGAGAAUAUUCUAGAACUGGCCACCAAGAUCCUCCAACGGUUUGGGCUUGAAAAAGAAGAUUUAGAAAAUCUCCUCUCCUACCCUGAAGACCAGAUCACUGUAACAAAUCUGCCUGCCAUCUUGGAGCAAAUUUGCAUUAUGAAGAAAAAGAAAACAACUGAUGGUUCAAACUUUCCACGUGUCACAAGCACAACUGGAUUUGACCAUUUUUGUUGUUCAGAAGGUGAACAGAUUCACAGAGUCAAUCAAAAUGUUGUAUUUGAUGGAGUUUUGGAAGAAACCAGUAAAAGAAGGAGCUCAGCAGAGGGGAAAAACUGGGGUUUACAUGAUCAGAAAAGCUCUUCCACCAGUUCUAGCUCAGUCAGGACCUUUGUGGACCAUCCACCCAGUAAUUUGAAUAACUUGCAGACCCAACCAAAUCAGAGUUUACAAUCCAUUCUCUCCUCGUUUCCUCUGGUGACGCAAGAAACCGAUAGAAGUUCUUCCAACUCUGAAGGAUCUGAACUAAAAUCCAACUGGAGUUCAACACCUGAAAUGAAACUAAUUGCUGAAAUGAAGGAAUUUGUUUCAAUACCUGGAGACGGAGACCCUGACCAAGCCAUUAAUGACAUGUGCAAAAAUGACAGUAAAACUCAUGGACAAGUUACAGAAGUUGUAGAGAAGAAUAACAUGUCAAAGCAGAAAUACCAGAAAAUACAAAGUUACUCUGAUUUAAAUCCAGUUCCUUCUCCAUCCAUGAGGCCAACGUGUCCGCCGGAGGCAGCGUCCACCCAGUGGCUGCUGCCGCCUUCAGGCAGAGCGUUCCUACCUGAUCCAACUGGUUUCAAUGGUCUACCUCCACAAGCCAUGAUGGAGGAUUAUGUUGCUGCCAUGCCGGGAGCGUUCCCACACAUCUGCUCUCUCUGCAGAAUAGUGUGCGUUAAUAUUGAGGACUGGAUCAUCCACCAGAAUAUCAGCUUUCAUAUCAAGGCCUGCAUUCUCCUCCGCAAAACAUUUCCAAACUGGGAUUGUACAGUACCACUGUUUGAGAGUUUUCCUGAUAAAGACGCCUCCGCCUCUGCUCAGACAUCCCAGCGUUACGAUCACAGUAUUGGGUCCAGAUCCAGAUCCAUCAGUCCAUCCAGACUGGAGGAUAAAUGUUGCAGAUCCAGGAGCAGUUCCUGCUCUCCAGGCACUUAUUUCCGCAAUGCUUGGAUGGAAAGAAGCAGACCAGAGGAGCGGGAGGAUCCAAACAUUCGCAGAUCUGUCUCACCAUCUUCAAUGUGGCGUGGCCGUUCGGAUUCGAGGAGCCAUCAGAGGCGAUCUUCAUCCGUGAGAAGCAAGAAGGAAAAGUCUUCACCCAACCGGAGACACAACAGAUCAACAAUGCUGAGGUCGAGCACAGUAGAGCAGCUAACCAAAAAGCUGCUGAGAACAUCAGCUGUCCAGUCGCUUAUGAAGAAACCGAAAAUCAAAACUGUGGUCAGAACUCUGGUUCCCAUCAUCUUGGCUGAACUCAGGAACCUGAAAUCCUCUUCUUCAUCAUUAUCUUCUCAUUCAUCAAAGAAGAAAUUGGAUUCAAAUUUGACCAAAGUGAAAUCUGACCUUCAGAUCGGUGAACCUGGCUCUUCCAGUAAGCCUGAGGUCGAUGCACCAAAAGUGAAAAGGAUGAAGAGCCUCGAUAUUCAAGAAACAUCAGUCACUGUGGUUGAAGAAAAAGAGAAGCAAUUACCUGAGGAAUCAAAAGUCCUCAGACGACCAACAAAACCUGUGUCCAGCACUGAUCUGGCUCUACAUUCAACUAGAAAUAAUGCGGCUUUACCAAAAAGAAGGAUGAGAACAAGCAGAUGCAUCUCAAAAACAAAAGCUUUGGUUUUCAAAUCAAGAACUAUCCUAACCCGGCAGAUUGCCAGAUCUCUAAAGCUUCCAGGAUCUAUAAAGUUGAUGUUUACAAAGAAGAAAGUGGCUGGUAGAGACUCCAGAAAAACACAAAAAGAGUUGAAACAAUCUCUAAAGGGACUGCAAGAAAAAACUACAGAAGAAAUGAGACAGAAACCUAAAAUUGGAGUAAAACAGGAAGAUGGGGGUGUGAAGAAAGAAGAAAAUGAAGAUGUUAUGGAGGCAGAAAACCUGGAAACUCUUUGUACCGAAGAGUUGAAAGAUGCUGAAACUCUGAAACAUCUGCAAAUAAGAUCAGCACAUUGUGUGGAGCUUAAAACUACAACUGCAGGUGAACCACAGAGGAGUUUAUGCAGUAAGCCAGUAGAGAGUUACGCAUCAAGCUGCUCCGCUUUUACACCAGAACCAGCUGAUCUGCCUCAGACCGAACAGAAUCUCCUCAAAGCUUCAGUUGGUUCAUCAUCACAGAGUCGGAGUGAAAAUCAGAUUUUGAAAAAGGGAACUUCGCCUGAUUUCAAGCAAAAAGAGAAGAAAAAAAGAAAGAAAAAAGCUACCAAAAAGAGUCCUUCAGCUGCCAUCCUGACCUUCAAAGAACACCUGGUGAAAUGUCUGAGUGAAAAACAAAUUGGUUGUUUAAGCAGGAGAACCAUUAUGUCUCCGAAGCUGGUUUCCCUCGAUGCAAAAGUGCUGCUCAUAAAAAACCUGCCCAGCUAUUUCGACGGCUGCUACAGAGAGGAUGAAGUUGCUGAUCUGCUCCGCCCGUUUGGCUUCGUCUUUAAGGGGAGCAACAUCUACGUUAUUCCUGAAAAGUGCAUGGCGUUUGCCCUGAUGCCGUCUGUGAAAACUGUUCAAGACGUCGUGGCUUAUUCCGACCAGAACCACAUAGUUUUCAAAGGAUAUAAACUAACAGUCGAAGUUGUUCACGACAUGGUUUCCAUGACGCCAUUGGGCUUUUAUUCAUUUCUGAUCAAAAGGACCCAUGCUAAACUGAAGGCUGAUGGAGGAAAUUUGAUCUUCAUCCACAACGUCUCCCAGAGCGAAGUCGGCACUCUGAGGGAAACUCUGAUAAAAAUCGGAAGUGUGACACGAUACCUGCCUCUUCUGAACAAGGUUUUUGUUGAAUUUGAAAACAGACGGGAGGCGGACAUGUUGGGAGUUUGGUACAGCCUGCUGAAGCGCUCUCCAGGUCAUCAAGUCUACAGGAUGAAAAUACCUCACAGCAACAGUCUGUCUCCAUCACCAAACAAAGCUUUGCCGGACGGCAAUAACACCAUCGAUGGCGCCAUCAUCCCGACUUUACAACGUGCCGUUCCUGAGGGCAGCACUCCUCCGUUCUGGAUCACCAUGACAACUGAGCCUUUAGUGUUUCCCACCCACUGUCCCUGGUUCAACAUCCCAGAUUAUCUGACAGUCAGUUCGAAUGUUUCAAAGAAAACCAUCAGACAGGCCUCAAAGUUCUGCACCGUCAUGCUAACGGGUUUGCCUGAGAGUAACUAUACCCACCAGGACGUCGCUAAGCUAGUGUGGAAACAUUUCCCCAAACAGAAUCUGCAGACUCUGUUCUACAACGUGGUGGUUUUACCACUGCAGAGGAGGGCCUUUGUGUUUUUCAGCAGCUGGGACGACUGCAGUGAUUUUGUCAUAAAUCACAUCAUGACUCCAGUUUCUGUGAAGGGCUCCAUGCUCAGCGUUCACCUGGUGUUGGAGGACAUGCAGCCCGGAUUCAGUGAGGAGACAAUGUAUCGAUCUGUGAUGAAGUGGAGCAACGCUCACAUUUCUGAGCUGCAGCCUCUGGAGGACCGGCUGCUCUGCGUGGAGAUCUCUGACCCUUCAACUCAGCUCGUCAUGGUGGUCAUGAAACAAGUCGCAAGCGUUGUUGCUUUCAUCAACUUCCUGCCGCUCGCUAACAGGAUUGUGAUUGAAUUGGCUGAACCAAGCGGAGUAUCAGCAGCUGUUCUCCAAAUCUUACUGAACUCCUCACCAGAACACCAGCUGUGGAGCAAAGUCACACAUAUUGAACUUUUGAAGACUCUGAAGGGGCGUCUUCGAGACGCCAGUGAGGCUGUGAUAAACCUUGAAUCGGACUCAUCGUUGAAACCAGCGGCUGCAUCAGAAUCCAAACCAGACAAGAGAAACCUUCGUUCAGAACCAGAAACGCCAUCAGAGAAUUUUUCUCCAAAGAGGAGGAAGCUGGUGGAGCUGAGUGACCAAUCCCAUAUUCCUACCAAUAAAUAUGAAAAUGAAACAACCUGGAUAAAACGUGAGGAAGACCAGACCAAAAACAAGACUAAAGUCCAGAAACCAGAACGUUUGUCCAACCUUCUGUCUGAAGACUUUAAACUUUACCAAACGAUGAAGUCAGAAACUAACGGAGAGAGCAUCGCUGCCGCCUCAAGAGACAAAGAACCAACCAGAACCACCAAUCGACCCAAAGGUAAAAAAAUGGUUCACAAGACGAAAAGGUUUAGAUUUCAUCCACAAAGACGAGCUGGAAACAUUUCCAAAAAGAAAGCGACAAAAGACGAAAAGAAGGAAGCAAAUGAGGAGGAAAAGCCAGCAAACGAAACAAGAAAGAAAGAAACAAAGUCAUCUUUGAAAGUUCACAGGAAUCUGGAUGGAGUGAAAGAGGAAGUCGAUGUGAAGAAGGAAGACUUGAGGGAAAACCUUAAGAAUGAGGAAAACUCAGCCGCUGAGUUUGUGGAGCCCGUAUCGGGUUUUUUCUGCGCCGUUUGUUCGGUUUUCUUCCUGGACGAGAACGCAGCCGAGGAUCGGCACUGCUGCAGCCACGCUCACCUCGACAACCUGCAGAUUCAUUACCAGAAACUUUUACAACAUUCAUCUGAUUAAUCUGAGGAAGGAUGUGAAGUCAGAAAUCCAACCCUGGGAAUUUUCUGACGGUUCCUGCUGGAGCUCCUGGUAAUGUUUCUGAAACGAGGAGGAGAAAAGCGUCACGGCGAGGCGGCCGACGCGCCAAGGUCACGUUUUCUACGUCUGUUUCCUUUUACCUGCAGG